UUCCCGAUAACUUUACUUUCAUCAGCAUUUUAACUUUUUUUGGAACAAUCCUCGGCGGUACGUUAUUUCCCCAAAUGGUCUUUCUCAGUUUGAUGGCAUAUGGUGUAAGGGGCUCUCUGCUCAUUCUUGGGGGGUUGCUGAUGAAUUUGUUACCGAUCGGAUAUGCUCUCAAAGUCAGUACAAAGCAAGAAGAAAUUACCGACGAUGACAGCAAUGAUGAAUCUUUACCAUUAAUCUCUAGACCUAAAGAAACUGUAGAGAAUAUCAAUGCUAGUGGUAGCAAUGGAAAUGCCACGAACGCCCUUGGUGAAAUACGGGCACCAAAAGUGGACAGUUCAAAGAAAUCACCAGAUAAAGAAGGAUACUUCCUAAAUAGCUCCCAAAGACAUACUCCAUCGGAUCAUCUGGAAAGGAAGAACAGUGACAGAUUAAGAGAGGCCGAAAAUCAACCAAGCCAAGUGUGCUGUGAUGACACUGAUGAAACAAGGAAAGAAACUAAAGAUAAGAAUGGUAGGAUUUGGAAGAUGCUCAGUCGAUUAAAAGAAGUCAUGCACAUGGAUUUCUUCAAUGAACACCCCCUCUUGUCCUGCACACUCAUUCCUAGCGUUGGAAUCUUUAAUUGCGUGAUACUAGGGUGGGAUCUUUUCGAGGUUACCUACGGGAUCUCACGAGGUAUAGACCGUAGAACAGUUAAAUUCAUUCCCAUCGCUUCCUUUGCAGGAUGUGCAUUCUCGCACAUUUUGCUCAUCUUUAUCUUCCAACGCAAACCUCAGUACAACAUCCUCGUUUUCUUCUCGUCCUGCUGUUUAGCAACCUUGGGGUUCUUUCUGAUGAACCUUUCCUCUUUGCUAUGGUACAUUCUGAUGGUGUCAUUCGUGAUGGGUGUUGGAACGAAUGGUGUUAUAAAUACAAGUGAGGGCGUCAUUGCCUUCGUUGUCGAAAAUAGAAGCUUUGCCCACGGAUCGUCACUAAUAGACCUCUUCACUGGAUUGGGAUUGAUCACGGCUGGCUUAGUUGCAGGUUACAUUAAGGAUGUUUCUGGUAGCAUGGUGACUCUCUAUUGGUCUCUUGGAGGAAUGAACCUGGUUGCCAGUCUCUUAACGCUGGUAAUGGUGUGCAAGGUGUCGAGAGCUCUUGCAUGCUGUCAACAAUAACCGAUGACUACACUGUAAAACAUUGGGUAAAAUUUUAACCAGCACGAGGGUCCAACCAAUAUGGGGCAGUAUUUUACCCAAUGCGGGAAGCAUAUUGUCCAGUAACGUUAAAAAAUAAAGCAGCAAUUACUUUAGCAUUGGCAAAAUUUUCAUCACACUGGAUGAAUAAAAAGAAAUUCCAAUGUUGGUUGGACACAUAAUUAACCUCAUGAAGCAAUUUUACCCAAUAUUUUUUAGAGUGUAACCAACUACUGAUCUAUAGAGACAGAAAUUUAUAUUAGUACAGUUCAAUCAUUACAUAUUCGACUCAACGGUUUAGGACCAAGACCAGAGCUAGAUUUUGAUAUGAAAACUAUAAUUAGCAACAUACUCUCUAAAAAGAGUUUACCUAAUAUUGGGUAAAUGGGAACAUUUAUGUUUGCUGGGUUAAAUGAGAGUAAAUACUUUGCAAACUUUACGCAAUGUUGCGUUGAAUUUUACCCCUUAAACUUGCAUUUUGCCCAAUAUUGGGGCAAACAUUACACAGCAAACACAUUAUUAAAACAAUGGUCAUAUCACAUGUUCAGGGAGAAAUAGAAGAUUGUUUCACAUGAAGAAAUUAGAAAAUUAGAAUAUCUCAUAUUUCAUUUAAUAAAAUAGAAAAUAUAUUUUGAGUGGGUGACGUCAUAAGUCCUCUUUUUGGCAUACAGACCAGGAUGUGCAUACAGUGCCU